AUGAAAAAUAUUAAAUUGAUGGAUCAUUCUAGUCAUCCGUAUGGAUUUUUCGAAUCGGAACAAUUUAAAGAAAGAAGUGGAUUGAUUUCGAAUUAUUUAAUAGUAACAGCUUCAAAGAAUUUUGAAAAGGAUUUGCAAUAUUCACAUGUACAUUUGAAGAAUGAAAGUUUGCCAUUUGCUCCGAAUCAGAAAUUGAGUGGAAAUUUAAUUAGAGUGACAAGUGUCAGUUCUCAUUUUCAUGUGUUGGCACCACAUGGAAGAUGUUGUCAGCCUUCUACUACGAAUUCUUUCACAGACACACCUUGUAAGGAAAGAACAAGUGAUACAGCCAAGCUCAAUGAUUGUAUUGUAGCAACCAAUGCAGGAUUUUUUGAUGUGGCCAAUGGCUAUUGUUUGGGAAAGGUUAUUUCAAAUGGAAAAGUUUUAAAUGAUUAUGGGAGAGUUCAUCCAAAUGCUGCCUUUGGAUUAAUUGAUGAUGGCAAAGGAAAUGCUCAAUAUGUUUUUGGAUAUUUGAAUCAAACUGAUUAUGAAAAAUUGAAAAUCACUCAACUAGUUCAAGUAGGUAAUUCUUCAAUGUUAACUAGUAAUUUAUUUUACAAUCUUUAA